AUCACUAGAGUUUGCAGCUACCUGUCAAAAUAAAUAUCUCCAAAAUCAAUUUUUAUUUUAUAUUUUACUGAAUAGGACGAUGAUUAAACUAUUUUCAUUAAAGCAACAGAAAAAAGAUGAAGAGGGAUCAUCAAGAGGAGGUGGUUCACAGAAAAAGGCAUCAGCCGCACAACUACGUAUAACAAAAGAUCUCAAUGAGUUAAAUCUACCCAAGACUUGCAAUACAGAAUUCCCAGAUCCAGAUGACUUGUUAAACUUUAAAUUGAUAAUAUGCCCUGACGAAGGUUUUUAUAGAGGUGGCAGAUUUGUAUUUAGUUUUAAGGUAGGUCCAAAUUAUCCUCACGAACCCCCUAAAGUAAAGUGUGAAACAGCUGUAUAUCAUCCCAACAUAGAUCUGGAAGGAAAUGUAUGUCUAAAUAUACUUAGAGAAGACUGGAAACCAGUACUCACAGUUAAUUCAAUAGUCUAUGGAUUACAAUACCUAUUCUUGGAACCAAAUCCAGAGGACCCAUUAAACAAAGAAGCUGCUGAUGAGCUUCAAAGUAAUCGACGAUUAUUUGAACAACAUGUACAGAGAGCGAUGAGGGGUGGAUAUGUUGGAUCAUCAUAUUUCGAAAGAUGCCUCAAGUAAACCUGUUAUGCAAUAAUGUAAAUUAUUUUCUGGCUACAUAAAUAAAUCUCAAUUCAUUUUUUAAA